GCCGUUGGCCUGGACAGUUGCAGAGGGGGGUGCACGGCGCGGGGUGCCGAGGGGCGGCCGGCACCCGAGGCGAGGGUGCACUUCCGAGUGACGAGGUUCAUCAUGGAGGCAGGAAGUUGCACGAGGUCCGAAGAAGGAUGGCGGUGGCCUCCCACAGGCUGCCAUGCAUCCGCUUGGAGGGUCCAUGUAAACCAGGGCAGCGUGCUGCCCUUUGAGGACUUGCUACAUGAAACAGGGCUUGGAGGGGCAUGUGCAGCUAUGGCUCCGUAUCUGACGUCUCGGGACUGAAGAGUCUCGUGUAGAAACUGCCUAUGUAACUGAAGUUUAAACCUUGACGUGCUAAAAGCUCUUCCAGGAGUCAAGCUAGGGAUGCAGUCCAUUCCUAUCGCCACUGCUUGUACCAUUUACCAUAAGUUCUUCUGCGAGAUCAACCUGGACACCUACGACCCCUACUUGGUUGCCAUGUCUUCCCUUUAUUUGGCUGGCAAAGUCGAGGAACAGCACCUGCGCACUCGGGACAUCAUCAAUGUGUCCAACAGGUACUUUCACCCGGGCGGCGAGCCGCUGGAGCUGGACUCCCGCUUCUGGGCUCUUCGGGACAGCAUAGUGCAGUGCGAGCUCCUCAUGCUGAGGGUCCUGCGUUUCCAAGUCUCCUUCCAGCACCCGCACAAGUACCUGCUCCACUACCUGAUUUCCCUCAAGAACUGGCUGAACCGUUACAGCUGGCAGCGGACCCCCAUUUCCGUCACUGCCUGGGCCCUGCUGCGGGACAGCUACCACGGGGGGCUGUGCCUCCGGUUCCGGGCUCAGCACAUAGCCGUGGCAGUGCUCCACCUGGCCCUGCAGGCCUAUGGGGUGGAGGUGCCCGCCGAGGCCGAGGCCGAGAAGCCAUGGUGGCAGGUGUUUAGUGACGACCUUACCAAGCCAAUCAUUGAUAACAUUGUGUCUGAUCUCAUUCAGAUUUAUACCAUGGACACAGAGAUCCCCUAAGGCCCUGGUCCAGGCCUGCCCCACGAAGCCCGGGAUGCUCGGCUGCCUGGGGACGGCAUCACCACGUCGCUGUGACGGCUGGUCCCCAGAGGACCAGCUGGGAGGACUGGUUUUAUGCUGCUGGAGACGAGCUGGUGAAGGCGAUGACCUGCUGCCACUCUGAUUCUCAUGCUGACUGUCCCCGGCAGCUGUGGUCCAGACGGUGAUGGGCACUGUGCCUCCUGCGGGCAGGCCGGGGUGCACCAGGGGAAGGGCCCCCCAGGCAUCCGUGUCUGCUUCUGUCCUUUGAGAGGACGCUGACUGCAGUUGAGGUGUGACGUCAUUGGAAGCAAAAUCAAAGAGCAAGACGAGACUGACUGUACCCUUGGGGAUUUUUUAAAGCCAGAUUUAUAGGAAGUAUGAAUGUGCAACACAGAUGGAAUUUUAUUUUGUAUAAUAAAAGAUGAUACAAAUCGUC